AUGUUACUGUUACCAAUACGUAUAAAUACAAUUGUACUAAACAAUAUUAAGCGAUGUUUCAUGACGAAGUCUUAUGGUUUAAUGUAUUCUAAUGUGAAUCAAGAUACUAUUAAACAUGCUAAAGAUGAUCAAUUUAUACCUGUUUAUAAAAUACCACACAUGAAAUUUUUCAUUGGCUUAAAUAGAGUGAAAAGAUAUCAACUAUUUGGACUAUUUUGUUGGAUUCCUAUGUGUUUUAGUUUAAAUAUGCUUAGUUAUUUAAAUUCUGAAGAAGUAAUUUGUGCAUCAUUAAUAGGUUUAGGUUUGACAGCUGGCUUACAUAUUGCCUCUUGGAUAAUAUCAAAUAAUCUUGUUGUUUUUGCAUAUAUAAGUAAAGACGAUCAAACAUGUCGGAUGUCAUAUAUAUCUUAUUGGGGGAAUCGAGAGGAAUUAUAUUGCAACAUUGAAGACAUAAGACCAAUUGAAAUUUCUAAAUUAAGUUUUUUAAAUCACAAAAUUAAAUUGGAUGGAAGUUCAAUCACACUUAAAAUAAUUACACGCAACUCGACUAUUUUAAAUAAUGCUAAAUUUAGAAAAGUGUUCGGUAGUGAUAUUAUUUGA